UGUUGUUGUGUUCAUGUUGUUGUUGUUUGUUGUUCGUUGUUUUUGGUCACACAAUCAUGUGUUGAUGUGAUGUGUGUAAAGUCCCACAGUGCUUCUACAUUGUACUAUAUUGGUUGUUUUCAAGAGAUUCUCUCUGUGUUCUACGACUGUGAUUACAUCUGACAAGCUACAUAUUAAAUUACAGGAUCAAGAUCAAACUAGCUGAGUCCUCAGAAAAUGGAGUUAGAUAAUUUUGACAACAGACCAUCACGAAAGUAAUCACCAAACUUUAGAACACAGCUUUCACUCAAGUUGAUAUGUCAACUGUAUUUUUGUGAGUGUGUGAUCAAGAACAAGAAAAUUAGCAAUGUUCUAGGUGAUCAGUUCUUUUCUGAAAGUAUGAUAUGGAUGACUCCAAUGCAAGUGGUUUGUGCGAGGAGCCCGAUGCUGACUUUUUUGAUACAUUUUUCGACGAUGGGGUCCUUGACACAAUUGGAGAGGUUUUUGCCGAGCAUAAACCUGAUGAAGCUGAGGAUUCAUCUCGUGAUUCUGUUGAAGAAAUUGCCAGAGUUUCUUCACCAAAUGUUGCUCUGAGUGAUAAAAAAAAUGAGCAUGCACCACUUUCAAACAACCAAACCGAAGAUGGCCAUCAAAAGGAAAAUGGAAUAAUUACUUUGAAACCUGCGUGCAUCCAUGAUCCAGAAAAUCCUCCUGAAUGUACCUCAGACCAUAAAACAAAUAAGAAUUACACUGUGAAAUCUGAUAAUGCCAGUGCUACCACCUCAUUUGGCUCUGUGCAGAGAAAUGCAUUGAAACAGUUAAAGGAAUUUCAUAAAGAUAAUUCAUCAGAAAUCAUAAAGACUCAACGUUUAGAAAAUAGAUCUUCUCUUCAGGCUGAUGAAAAACAAAAAGUAGACCCUAAGCCAUCCAUUUCAAUGGAUGAUCUUCUGGCUAAAGUUAAAAAAAUACUCAAAGAAACACCUGGAACAGGAUCUAAAGAGACACCCAAAGAGGUACCAAAAGAUGAUCUUCUGGCUAAAGUUAAAGAAAUACUCAAAGAAACACCUGGAACAGGAUGUAAAGAGACACCCACAGAGGUACCAAAAGAUGUAAGAUUAAAAUUAGACAACCCUGACAAUGGACUGGCGAAGAAUGUGGAUGAAGUAACUGUUGCAAUAAAUACUCCAGGCACCAUAACCAUCAGUAAGACCGAUGCUGUUAGGGAAGAAAUUAGUAAGAAACCCGAUAUAAAACCAUUAUCAAGAGAGCGAUUGCCAUGUUCUAAUUCUCUUCCAGAUUCUAGCCAAGAAGACCUGAGUUCUAGUACUGUUACUGAACAAUCGAUAAUUGAGGAGGGUGAAAUAAAGGAGGAUUCUGUGCCCAGUUCUUGCAUAUUAUCGACUUCAAAUGGCAGUGUAAGUGCCACUAAAACUGCAAUUCCAAACUUCAAGACAGGAAAAUCAAAAGAUGAAGCUGAGAAAGAAAAUGAUCUUACUUUGGAAAAAACUUUUCAAAAAAGUGGCAAUGUUCAGUCUGAGAAGAAAAAGAUACCAAUCAACAUAAAAUCUCAAUUACUGGCCUCCACAUCAAUAAUUAACUCUGGUUCUUCCAGUAAAUCUAGCUCAUCUUCAACCAGAGAGACAAAGAAAGGAGAGUCAUCUUUACUGUCGAAAGAAGUUUAUUCGUCACUUUCAUCUCUUUCCGAUGAGUCAGGUCCCAGUUGGCAGUCACAAAGAGAGAAUAACAAGAAAAGGAAGCAAAAUAGUUGUAGUUCCGAAUCUGAAUCAUCCGACGUUGGUAGGCGUAAACAUAAUUCAGAAGACAGAAGUAAAAGAUCUAAAAAAAAGAAGAAAAGAGAUGACUCGCCUCAGUCAAGACGAAGAAGAGAAAGCAAAAAGUCAAAACACAGAAGAUCUCGGUCACGUUCCCCUUACAAUUCUUAUAGAAGGAAAAUGUCUCCUAAGCGGCCCCGUUAUAAACGGCAACGUUCUGGAUCACGGUCGCCGGUACCUUAUCGAGGUCGGAAAUCUCCAUCCCCAAGUACUAAUAGGAGAAGGAGAUCUCGAUCAAGAGCAAGGACUAGAUCUAGAUCCAGGUCCAGGUCCAGGUCACCAUUCAUCAAUGAAAUUAGCAGAUUAAAGAAGCAAUGGGAAAGGGAAGACGAAGCAAAGAAAAGCUCUUCACGCCAUUUACAUUCUUCCCUGCCAUUAGUGGGUUCUUGGCCAAGUGAAAGUACAAAUACUACUUCAACCACAAUAGUGAGCAAUAUGUUAUCUCUAUCUGGUGAUUCAGUACAUGUACACAGAACUUCUUACACCUCUAUUGAAGCUUUCCCUCACGGCUAUCAAGGAUACAUGAAUAGUCUUCCUAGUUUUGGACCAAAUCAUUAUGGAGGAGCUCAAAUUAUGGGUCCUGAGUACACAUCUUGCAAUAAUGGAGGCUCAUACAGUGGAUUUAAUACAAAUCCACCAGUACCUGCUCAAGUAGUAGCACCUGGAAUUCUGCAAUUACCACCAGUGCCUGGUCUAAAUACCUCUAUUUGUCCCCCAAUGAUACAGGCAGUUUCAGAUCUAAGUCCUCAUAUUCUUUCUGUGGAUUUAACUACUCCUCCUCCAAUAAUACAGACAGUCCCAGGACAAAAUCCUCAUCUUCCAGCUCAGCCUCAAACAUCUGUCUUGAGAAAGCAGCUUGACAUACUGAAAUCUACUGUCGCUUCUCUUCCAGAACCUUGUACUUCGCCCAAUCAGUUAGGAACUAAUACUGCCCUUAUAAUAACAGAUGUUCCUGAGCAAGCUAAAAAAAAUAUGACUGAAAUUCCAAACUCUAAAGAACCUUCAAAGAACUCCAAAAACUCUAAAGAACCUUCAAAGAACUCCAAAAACUCUAAAGAACUGCCAAAGAACUCCAAAACCUCUGAAGAACCUUCUAAGAACUCUAAAGAACUUACAGAUAACUCUAAGAACUCUAAAGAACAUACAGAUAACUCCAAGAACUCUAGAGAACUUACAGAGAAAUCCAGGAACUCUAAAGAACUUUCAAAGAACUCCAAGGAACAUCCAAAGCACUCCAAUAACUCUAAAGAACUUUCAAAGAACUCCAAGGAACUUACGAAGCACUCAAAUAACUCUAAAGAACUUCCAAAGAACUCCAAGAACUCUACCCCUGCUUCAAAUGUAUCAAACAACUGUAUCACCACUAGGAGUAAUCUUACUCAAAUUGUUCUCUCUCCUGAAAUUUCUUUCAAGUCUUCCUCAGAAUGCCUUCCUCAAAGUAUAGUUUGUGGAAAGGAAAGCAGCCAUGAACGAGUAAGACGCAACUUAAACGAUGAAACUGGCUUACAACAGCUGCAAGAUGAAGUUAUUUCUGUGGAGACAUCUACUAUAACUAAAGUAGAGUGUCCUGGUCCAAAUAACACUCUUGGAGAAGACUCAGAUUCUGAUAUUAUCAUUGAGGAACCUCCACCCAAACCCCCGGUGGAGCUGAUCUGCCUGUCUGCAGAUGAAGGCAAUGAAGAUGAUAUAGGUAAUGAAGGAAAUGUGGACAAAACACGCAAUAAAAGUGACGGAGGCAUUGAAGGCAUUGAAGUCAGUAAAGGCGAUGCUAGUAAUGAAGGCGAUGAAGGUGAUAAUAAUUUAUACGACUUGGACAAAGAACUAGAUAAGAUUGACAAAGAUAUGAGUUUGAGAAGCACAGCCAAAAAUACCAAUAAUAGUUUGGAAAUACCAAAUGAUUCAGAGAGUAGUAGGAAAAAAAGGAAAAGGAAGAGAAGUAAAAGAUCACACUCAAAGAGAAAAGAAAGUGCAGAACAAAGUAUAGACCAUGAAACUUCUAGAAAAGAGAAACUUUCUGAUGUGGAAACAAAAUCAAGUGAUUCGCAAAAUCCAGUUUUAAAGGAGUGCCUGGAAAUGAUUGACUCUUUACGCUAUGGGCGCUUUGUUAUUAUUGACACCAACUCUGAACCAGAAUUGUUUUCUCAUCAAGAGACUGAAGGUUCAAAUUCUAGGCUAAAAACCCGUCAAAUCACAGAAUUUUCAUAUACCAAGAAACCAAACCUAGAAGUGACUUCCAAUACAAGAAGUGUAGCUACUAAUACUGGCGCACAAUUGUGCAUAGAUGUCUGCAUUGGUACAGACAAUACUGUGAUACAAAAAGAUUCAAUGGUUCAAACAGACUUCAAAUGUUUGGGAUGUUUUGAAAAAAGGGACGUAAUUGAAGAAAUGAAGUCUAAAAUUCUUGAACUAGAAAAAGAGCGAGAUGAUUUACAAGCAAAACUUUUAACCCAUUCAAUACCUGGACUCUGUACAUCUUCAGGAUUGGAAGCUGCUUUAAGUUCGAUGGAGAGCACAUCAAGAGCUAAUUCUAGUAACACUCAAUCAUCAAAAUCUAGUCGAGGUUCUUCUGAUACUUCUAUUCAUUUACAAUCAACUAAUCAUUUCAAUGACAAAGAUGAUAGACUACUGAAUGAACCUCAAAGAAGGAAUAAGUCAGGUGAACCAGUAGUUGCUUUUGAGUACCAUCACCAACCGCCUUACCUUCACUCUCCAUUUUAGCACUGAUGAUACUGUGCCAUAUUUUUAUUUGUUCUAAUUCUGAAUUAACUGUUUGUGUACUGGUUCUUUCUAUAUCCCUAGCGCACAUUCAACUAAUCCGAAAGGUGGAAUAAGUCAGGUGAACCAGUCUUUGUGAGUACCAUUAUAUUAUUGCCUUAUUUUCACUUUUCAUUUUAGCACUGCUCAUCCUGUGCCAUAGUUUUAUUAAAAUUCUGAAUUAACUGUUAACAUAUUGGUAAUUCCUAGAGUAAAGAUUAUUUUAUGAGUUUGUUAUCUGUCAUAUUUUCUUCCUAAGGCACAGGUAAUAUUAGGUCCAUUGUUUGUGAUAAAUGUAUAUUGUGAAUUUUUUUUGUAGAUUUUUUACCUUAUGAAUCUCAAAUGUCUCCUGCUUCAUGUGGAAACAAAAGGACUUAAGUUUUUCAACAUUUACUUUGUAAACUGAGAGAACUCCUCAUUUCAUCAGUAUCAAUAUGUGUUACUACUUAGAUUUAAAUGAAACUUAUUUGUAUCCCAAUGCUAGGCUUGCUGCUAGUACUAGCUGGGAUGCAAAUGUAUUUUGUACAAAUCAAGAUCUAUCUAUCUGUGUCCUGAAAUCUACCCCGAGACAUUUGUAUUUGUCUUUCUAUGAAAGAUAUAUUUUUGCAUAUCAUAUUAAAAUGAUUUUAUACGGUGGAAAAUUUUCAUACUUUGGAAUAAACUUUUUAAUAUGCAAUAAAAUCAAACA